AUGCGUGAAAUAGUUCACUUGCAAACCGGCCAAUGUGGCAACCAAAUUGGUGCUGCGUUCUGGCAGAUCAUCUCAGGAGAGCAUGGCCUUGACGGCUCUGGAGUGUAUGUCAUUACCUAUGUCCAUCCCCUUGACCAUGGAGUUGACCAUGCAAAUAGUUACAAUGGCACCUCGGAUCUCCAACUUGAACGCAUGAACGUCUACUUCAACGAGGCUUCCGGAAACAAAUAUGUCCCCCGUGCCGUCCUCGUUGAUCUCGAACCUGGUACUAUGGACGCUGUUCGAGCUGGCCCCUUCGGUCAGCUCUUCCGUCCUGAUAACUUUGUCUUUGGCCAGAGCGGUGCUGGAAACAACUGGGCCAAAGGCCACUAUACCGAGGGUGCCGAGCUUGUAGACCAAGUUCUCGAUGUCGUCCGACGUGAAGCCGAGAGCUGCGAUUGCCUUCAAGGGUUCCAGAUCACCCACUCCCUUGGUGGUGGUACUGGUGCCGGUAUGGGUACAUUGUUGAUCUCCAAGAUCCGAGAAGAAUUCCCCGACCGAAUGAUGGCCACUUUCUCCGUGGUCCCCUCCCCCAAGGUUUCCGAUACUGUGGUUGAACCAUACAAUGCUACCCUGUCUGUUCACCAAUUGGUCGAGAACUCGGAUGAGACCUUCUGCAUCGACAACGAGGCUCUCUACGACAUUUGCAUGCGCACCCUCAAGCUGUCCAACCCUUCAUAUGGCGACUUGAACCAUCUUGUCUCGGCAGUCAUGUCGGGCGUCACCACUUGCCUGCGUUUCCCCGGUCAGCUCAACUCUGACCUUAGAAAAUUGGCCGUCAACAUGGUCCCCUUCCCUCGACUUCACUUCUUCAUGGUUGGCUUUGCUCCUCUCACCAGCCGCAACGCCUACUCCUUCCGCGCCGUCAGUGUUCCCGAGCUUACACAGCAGAUGUUCGACCCCAAGAACAUGAUGGCUGCUUCCGACUUCCGGAACGGCCGAUAUCUGACUUGCUCUGCUAUUUUCCGCGGCAAGGUCAGCAUGAAGGAAGUUGAGGAUCAGAUGCGUAACGUUCAAAACAAGAACAGCAGCUAUUUCGUCGAGUGGAUCCCCAACAACGUGCAAACCGCUCUUUGCUCGAUUCCCCCACGUGGCCUGAAGAUGUCAUCUACUUUCGUGGGCAACUCUACCUCUAUCCAAGAACUCUUCAAGCGCGUUGGUGACCAAUUCACGGCCAUGUUCCGACGCAAGGCUUUCUUGCAUUGGUACACCGGCGAGGGAAUGGACGAGAUGGAAUUCACCGAGGCUGAGUCCAACAUGAAUGAUCUCGUCUCGGAGUAUCAACAAUACCAAGAUGCCAGCAUCUCCGAGGGAGAAGAGGAGUACGGCGAGGAGGAGGCUCCUUUGGAGGAGGAAGCAUAA